AAAGAAACUUAAACCUCAGACGGAAACGUACAGUGGAAAAACAACUUUUCCACUCCACGUUUGUCAGGGACAUUUUAAUAAAGUUUUGUUUUCAAAGGACGAUGACGUAGAAGUCGGGUGUAGGUUUGUUUCAGCGGCGGGAGUGACAGGAGAGCAAGUUUGCAAAUCAGCUGGCGUGAUAUUUAUUGAAAUGUUAAAAGCGCUAGCAACAAAUGGACGAAACCUCGGCUUUGUUAAUACAGAACCCAUUGCUUCUACCUCAGAAUAGAGAAAAAACUGUUUACGAUGGGUUUAUUACAGCUCAGGAGAAGGAUUUCAGGAUAAGAAUAAUAUUACCACCAGAUCGUCAACUCAGAGAGGCAAGACUGCAGUGCUGCUGGCAACUAAAGCAGUUGUUGCAUGAAUAUCAUCAUAUUAUAAAGCAGAGAUUACAUCAGUCUUCAGAUCUGGCUAGUUUUAUAUUAGAGCUGAAAACUGUCCUGGAAUUGGCUUUGAAGAACAGGCAGGGAAUUCAGACACUCCCCCCUCCUGAGUACUAUGCACAGCUUAUAAAAGAAAUAGAAUGCCUUGGAUGGGAUAAACUUGUGUUCAUCGACACUGAAUUUAGCACUCUGAAGCUGAAGGCUGAAGAUAAUUCCAGUCGGGAACAUCUGAUUACAAUUAAAUUAAAGGCCAAGUACCCUGCAGAACCUCCUGACUGUUCAGCAGAUUUGCCAGUCCCCUUCAUUAUCUCCUGGACCACGCAGAGCUCCCUUCCAAACAUUCAUAGCCAAUUUCUGGCAGUUUUGGAGUCAUUAAAGGAGUUUUGGGAUGUGCUGGAUGAAAUUGAUGAGAAGACCUGGGUUCUGGAGCCUGAGAAUCCAACAAGGAGUGCUACAAUGCGACGAAUUGCAAUAGGAAACAAUGUAUCUGUGAAUAUUGAGGUAGACCCAAGACAUCCUAAAAUGCUACCUGAAUGUUGUUUUCUUGGAGCUGACCAUGUUGUAACCCCAUUAAGGAAUAAACUGAAUGCCAAUAUACAUUUAUGGAAUCCUGAAUGUACUGUACUACAGAACCUGAUGGACAUUUUGGAAAUAGAAUUCCCUGCACCUGCAUCUCAACAAAAAGCGAAUUUCAGUAUGGAGUGUGGCAUUUGUUAUUCAUAUCGACUUGAUUCAGCCAUACCAGAUCAAGUGUGCAAUGAUCCACGAUGUGGUCAGCCUUUCCAUCAAGCCUGUCUAUAUGAGUGGCUGAGAGGGCUUCCCUCCAGUAGACAGAGUUUUAACAUCAUCUUUGGAGAGUGCCCAUACUGUUGUAAGCCACUUACAGUGAAAAUGACUACUAAGAAAUCGUAAAGAGCAGAUUUGUUCAGAUGCUGACUGGACCUGUGUAUCGACAGGUGCUUCAGUCUC